GGUGCUCUUCGCGGGAAAGCGAAGCACUUAGCAGUUAAGAUAAGCAUUUUCGAACGCUAUUAUUAUUUCGAAAAAGAAUGGCUAUGUCAAGCGCCAUUUCCAGCCGGAAGCGCGUGGCUGACCGUUCUUGUUUUCCGGAAAAGUGGGCAAUUGUAGAAGAAUCGGUUCGGUGUAUUUUCAGAAAAGAGAUUUGUAGUCAUUCGUUUCAGCGCAUACAUCAUUCCGUUUUUCAGAUAUGCCAGGCGCAAUGCGGGACUCUGAUUCUGGAGCAACUUAAUGAGCAGUUUCGGUUACAAGUAGGAACCGUUCUGCAACGCAUUAAUGCGUCGGACAAUUUUGCUGCGGAUUUUCUACGCAUGUGGCAAGAUUACAACGAUUCAGUGAACCAGAUAAGCAACAUUUUGCUAUACUUCGAUAAAAAUUACAUGUACGCAUACCAUCACUCUUCCAUCGAGCAAACAGGGGAACGUAUUUUUUGCACACAGACAUUAAGCGACCCAGAAGUCUCCGCCAGACUUAUCGCGUCCGUUAAACAAUCCGUUGAAAACCCCGCUGCGGAGGUAUUUAUUCGUGACCUCGGCCAAGAACUAUACACUGCGGAAGGUGGUAAAUACUUUGCUUGCUGCAUGGAGUUUCCCUUUGUGGAGGCGAAGAUUGAAAAAUACUACCUACUCGGGGAAGAGCAAAAGCAGCUUUUGGACCCGUGCCAAUACUUGCAGUGGGUUCAAAAUGUCGUUUACACGGAGCGCGACCGUUAUACAGACACUUUUUUCUACAUCGUUCUUGACAAGUUGACAAACGCGCUUUACACAUCCCUUGUCCUCAACGAUCCUGCCUAUGUCCGACAAGUGCUACUGGGGCGCACCGGCCUGGAGCGCUUAACAUCCACGUGGGAGAUUGGCAGUAUUGCCAUAUUUGUGCAAGUUUUUUGUGCAAUGAGGAGAGAGAAAGACGUUGUUGACGUUAUUGCUAAUGCGGUAAAAGAGUGCGGUGAGAGAAUUGUUGGAGAUCGCAGCGCAAACACUUUUCCUUUCAGCGCUGUCGAUGAUAUGUUGCAGCUUAUUGCUAAGGCGAAGGAACUGGAUAGCCUGUUUCCUGCCGAAGAAGGCCACUCGCACGCACCUUUUCUGCGCGUUGUCCGCAAUGUCUUGGGUAGCAACACCCGCUUUAUGGAGGUUCUUUCGCUCUACUACGACGCCGCCAUUCGGCAGAACAAAGAUGAAACGAUGGAGUCGGUGGGUAACAACGUACUCACAAUUCUACAGCUUACGCCGGAUUUGGAGCCAUUUGAAGUUGCUUUUCGUGGUCAUUUAGCCGCGCGGCUUAUUCACGCAAAACCACAUGCAAUUGAUAUGGAGUGCUUUUUUAUCGACUGCUUGUCAAACAUUUACGGCUCAAGCGUUGUAAAUCGGUUUCAGAAAAUGGUGGAAGACAUCCGCAGCGCUAUAACAGCUCAGCAGAAGAUGGUGGCGGAAAUGGCGAUGAGGAAGAACUCGCCCCCAAUUGAGUUUGACGUGCUCGUCCUCACCAGUGGUUUGUGGCCUCAGUACACGAACAUUCCACUACACGUGCCGGAAAGCAUGGAAACAUGCAAGUCCAUCUUUUAUGAGUACUACCGUCGACGCCACAACGGCAGGAAGCUUGUUUUUCAGAUGAGCCUCGGCUCGGUCGUGUUUCAGCUCCAUCACGCCGGAAAAACGUACUCUGUCUCGGCACAUACUCAUUUUGUCAAUAGCAUUCUCGCGCUAAACUCGAAUGAGGGUACGAGCGUGGCGGCUGUGGCGCAGAAAAGUGCUCUUGGACGUGACGAAGUUUUAGCUCAGUUCAACACGCUAUGCAACACGAGCCUCGCCGUGCGCAACGGCAAUGACUUCUGCUUCAAUAUGAAGUUUUACUCCCCCAAGCCGAAAGUAAAGGUAGGUGCUUCAGUGCAGAAGAACUCGGGUGAUGGAAUCGGGGCUUCGACUGUUCUGCGAAAAGCGGUGGAAAGGACUCGAACAAUGAGCAUCGACGCCAUAAUAGUGAAGCUUUUGAAGGAACACCAGAGUGUGAGCCACGAGAACCUGUGCAGCGCGAUCGAGGACGACUUACGAGAUGUGUACUCGCCAACAAGAUCAGAGAUAAAGCAUCGCAUAGAGGCUCUUAUUGAAAAGGGUUUCAUUGUUCGAGGUGAGUCCGCCAACUGCUACUUUUAUUGCACUUGA